CUGGGCAUUGUGAUGCGUUCUCUUGGGCAGCGGCCCUCGGAGACGGAGCUGAAGAACAUGGUCACCAUGGUUGAUCAGGAUGGCAACGGAACCAUCGAGUUCAACGAGUUCCUCCACAUGAUGUCCAAGAAGAUGAAGGAAACGGACAAGGAGGAGGAGCUGAAGGAGGCGUUCCGCGUCUUUGACCGCAACGGCGACGGCUUCAUCAGCGCCCCGGAGCUUCGCCUGGUGAUGACCAACCUAGGGGAGAAACUGACUGACGAAGAGGUGGAGGACAUGAUCAAGGAGGCGGACCUGGACGGAGACGGACUGGUCAACUAUGACGAGUUUGUCACUGUGCUUAUGGCGCCAAAGCACA